AUGACCAAUAAAAUAAAAUUCAUUAUUAACACAUCAGUUGAAUAUUUUGGGGCGAAUGUGUCUAGCUUUGAACAGGACGAACACAUAGCGGCCAUACUAGAGUUUCUGGAAAAUGACGAACUUACCGUUAUUGCAGCUGUGCAUAAUAAAUCCGAGGGAAAAAUUCAAUUUCACCAUCGCAUACCAAAUGAUGAAGUGUGUCUGCUGUUUUAUAAAAUACCGCAAAUUGGAAGCACUGGCAAAGCAUUAGAUAAUCAACCGAUUGGCAUUUUAACGUUAGAAGGUGGUUUGGUUAAGUCUAUCUACAAUUCGGUUUCCCGCGUAUUCUCACCGAAGUCAGCAAUAAGAAAAACUGAGUACAGUAGCGAGUUAAGUGGUCUACUAGAGAAUUUACAUGCUUCACUUGGCUCAACGUUGGGAUUACCGCAGAGUGGUGUUUUAUCAAUCGACGAUGAGAUCAGAUAUUGGAAACAAAAACUUAAUCAGAAGUCUAAUUCUCGUAUUGAUAGAGAAAUGUCUCAGAUAUUUAUUGGUCUACUCGAAAGAAUUGAAAAUCAAAUGAGUUCUAUAGAUAACAGUAACAAUAGUACAGGACUUGAAGAAUUUCUUGAUAAUGCACAUGACAAUUUAGACGAACUUUGGCGUUUGCCAUAUCAGUAUCCACAAAAUCGUAUGGCAGAUGUUUUGGACAUAAUUGGUAUUCGACUACUUGAGAUUUGUAUUGAACAACUUCCCGUGGAUGAAAUUUGGAAUUUCAAUUCGAACUAUAUCAACAACUCUAUGAGUAAAUGCAUUGAUACUGUUGAUGCUUGGAUACAAUUGUGCGAUUCUUUGACACGUCUUUUCUGGCCAAAUUAUGUACAACAUCCUUGGAUUGGAGAACCGCAUGUACCCAAACAAGGUGAACUUUUCAAGGAACGUUUGUCUGAAAUACGAAAUAUCAAAAAUCUCUACAAACAAAUUGCUACUCUCUUGGAUAGUAAUGAAAUACAACUGAUGUUUAACGCAAAUUCACCGUUUAAACUUAUAAAUAUAUUUGAUACAACCUCGCUUGGUCAAACCAAAUGGAAUAAAGCAUUACAACACUUCGAACAUAUUCUCCAACCUAUUGAUGAGCGCAUAGCAAACGCUAUUAAAGCCCAGUUAUACAAUCAUUUAAGUAAUCCCAGGCAAAUUAUUUUCAUAUUUUCCAAAUAUGAAACGCUUAUACAAAGACCGACAGUAUUGGAGUUACUAACAAUAGAGCGUGAACAGUUUUUGCAAUCUUUGCAAAUUUUAUUACAAGAUUUGCGUAAAGCAAUGAGUGACACCAAUAUGGAACCAGAUACUGGACAUUUAUCCGUCAUAUGUAAUGAAUGUCGCUGGCUGAAAAUUGUACAAUAUCAAAUAAACGAAAUUGAAAAAGUCAGCCAUUUGAUAAGUGGGCGUGAAGGUUAUGAGCAGAUAAUUAAGGCUGUGCAGGAAAUCAAAGAAGAAACGGAAUCAUUGCUGCGUACAAAUUUCGAGAUAUGGAGUGGUCAGUGUAUUACAGCUGUUAAAAGUGGUGAUUUAAAAUUACGUGACGAUCAACCAGUGGUAAAGUUUGAAAAAGAAGGUCGCCAACUAAUGCGUGUUACAUUCAACCCAAAAUUAGUCACAUUCAUACAAGACGUGCGGGAAUUUGAAAAUCUUGGCUAUAAUGUACCAUCAGAAUUACGUUCCACAGCUACUCAUGCCGGAAAAUUUAUUUGUUAUGCUCGACGUCUACAGCAGAUUGCGACGUUUCAUAAUACGAUCGGUGAUCGCAUGAUUCCCUGUCAACGUCCGAUAAUGUUAAAGAAUGCAAUGGAUCUGUCGAAGCUAGUACAAAGUGAAACAGUUGCAUGGAAUGAUGAAGAGUCUGUACUGCGCUAUGUUGACAUGUUACAAACAGCUGUUUCGAAGCUCUCUUCCGAUAAUUCGCUUUUAGUAGGUUACCAUGAACAAGCUAAACGAACUGUUAUUAAGCUUAUGAAUACCGAUCUUCUAACACAAAAUCAAAUUUGGAAAGAUGAGAUGAGGCAUUUGCGUGAAUUAGUUGCAUCAUUAGAGCGUCAAGGUUAUACCAAUUUGGAUGCAUUUAAGCUACAUUGGGAUUAUCAAUUGUAUAAAGUAUUAGAAUUUCAAUAUAUAUUAGGUCUAGCAGAUAUGAAUAAUAAGUUACCCGACAUACAUGUUGAUAUUCUUUUUCGACAGCGUCAGCUGUGCUUCCGACCACCAGAGGAAGAAAUUCGAGAAAAAUAUUUUACACAAUUGCGUCGGUUUAUUGAGAGACCAUGUAGCUUUCGUGGACUAUCAGAAAAAAGUAGUGAUUUAUAUAAAUCCAUGGUGGAAUUAAAUAGCCAUCGCUUCGGUCCACUCUACGAAAGGGCACAGGAAUUAUUUCAAAAGUUGGAGCAGUUUAAAAACAUUUGGUUACCAUGGGUAGCUCUAGGUUGUGUUGAUGUGGAAGAACUAUGUAGCAUACAUCUGAAUACAUCUGAAGACUACGAUCGCAAUUUUCGAGCUUCCAAGGCACUUAGUCAAAAUAUUGCAAAAUUACAAAACAAUGAGGAAACUAUUGACUGUAUUGUUAUUAACAUUUCACCAUUGAGAUCCGACAUGGAAGUCAUAAGUCGACGCUAUACGGAAGCUCUUUCGAAUUCACUACGUACAUCGAUUUUAAAUGACAUUGCCGUGGUGCAAGAGUUUCUGCAGAACUCUUUACAAUUUCUACAAAAUGUUCCGAUGGAUGAGGCUUCGAUUUCAGAUUCGGGAAUGAAAUAUGAAAAAAUGAUGACAGAAUUACCACAGAUUUCUGAAACCUUAACUUCAGUUAGACGUAAAGAUACUUGUCUAGCAGGUUGGUGCAAAGAGCGUGUUUCGUCACUAGCCGGUAUUUUACUACAGUAUGAGAAGCUACAGCCAUUAAUAGAAAAUCAUGCAGUUAUACUACAACGUCAAGUUGAUAUAAUCAAAAAUCAAGCCCAAAAUCAUAUGCAAAAUCUGCAAAAUGAAGCUGAAAAGUCAUUUUUACGUUGGGAGUCUACGCUAUUAGAAUUGGAAGCUAACGAAGAUGCUACAUUGGAGGUGUUUAAAGAGCGUUUGGAGAAUUGGCAACAAAUUCAAGCGAAAAAGACUCAAAUUCUGGAGGAAUGUGCUAAAUUUAAUAUGGAGUUUCCGGCGGAUAUUUUAAGAUAUUUCAGUGAUAUUGAUGAAAAAAUGCAAUCACAAUCUAAAAAAUGGGAACUCUAUGAUAGUUACUUAAGUGAGCUUAACGCCAUUACUCAAGAAGAAUGGGCUAUUUUUCGUCGACGUCCAUACGUGUUAAAUGAAUUUAUAAGCAAAUGGGAGGGCUCUGUUCACUCUUCAAUAGACAUGCCCUCCAAACGUAUAAGACAACAUGUGGAUCGUCUGAGAGAAGUAAUGCCAAUACUGCAGCAAUUGCAAUCAGAUGCACUCAAUGAACGUCAUUGGGCUCGCAUAUUUAUGUUGUUAAAGGAAACUGAACCGAAACCAAUGCAUAAUAUGCUUUUAAGUGACAUUUUAAGAAAUUACAAUUCCUUACAACAAGCAGCCACAGAAAUUUCUAAUAUUUUAAAGCAGGCAUCCUCUGAACAAAUCGUACGUCAAGCGCUUACUGAACUGGAUCAAUGGUCAAUUACUGCUACACUGAAACUCAUUAAUCAUAAAGACUCUGCGGGUAAUAGUCUGUCAUUGAUUAAAGAUUUUCAAGAUGUUCUCAACAAAAUUGGUGACAAUCAAUCUUUGCUGCAGUCGGCAAAAAAUUCAGCUGCUUUUGAUGCCUUCUCCGAUCAAGCCACUCUGUGGGAAAGUCGUCUAAGCACCUUGGACGUUUUGUUGACAAGCCUGAAUCAGUCACAACGACGUUGGGUUUACUUGGAACCGGUUUUUGGUGAUGGUACACUCAAAAAUGAGGAAGCCUUAUUUAAGCGCAUUGAUAAGGACUUCAGAUUUGUGAUGCGUGAAAUCAAUUCCGAUUCGAGAGUGGUUUCUCUACUUAAAAUUAAUAACAUUACGGCAACUGUGAAUUUCUUGGAAACACAACUCACAAAAUGUCAAAAUAAUUUACUUUUCUAUAUACAAGAAAAACGUAAUUCAUUUCCACGAUUUUACUUUCUUGGAGACGAUGAUUUAUUAGAAAUUUUGGGCCAAGCUUCAAAAGAUGCCACAAUUAUACAAAAACAUAUUAAUAAAUUAUUUCCCGGUUGUCAUUGUUUGGGCAUUACACAGAAUGGCAACGGCACACAUAUUAUACAAUCUGUCCAGAGUGCUGAGGGAGAUAUAGUAACUCUAGAGCAAUCUGUUGAAAUGACUGGAUCGAUUGAGGUUUGGCUCAACAAUCUGGUUAUUGCCAUACAUAACACCCUUAGGAACGAUAUUGUGGAGUGCGCAACUAUGACGAGUGAAUAUUUUAACGAAAGCGUACUACAAAAAUAUCCAAUACAGGUGCUGUCGACAACGAGAGCCAUAAACUUCACAAAGCAAACAGAAAAAUCCAUUCCAGCCAUGUCGCUGCAAAAACUGCACCAGAGCCUAAACGCUGAAAUAACGUCAUAUGCAAAGCUGAAAAAUCAAACAGACAACGCAUUAUUGCAGAUGAAACUGCGUGCGUUACUCUUCGAUUUGGUUCACUAUGCCACAAUUAUUGAGGAGCUUAUUCAGCACAAUGUUGUGCACGUCGGCGAUUGGCAUUGGCUAAGUCAGCUGAAGUUCUAUUUGGCGGGCAAAGAUAGACGGGUAGUAACAAUACGCGUUGUCUAUGCGGAAUUUGAGUAUUCGUAUGAAUUUCUUGGUAAUCCUAAUAAGUUGGUUAGCACGAGUCUUACGCAAAAAUGUUAUCUGAUAUUAACGCAAGCCAUGCACAUGGGUUUGGGUGGAAAUCCUUUCGGACCAGCUGGUACUGGUAAAACGGAAUGCGUGAAGGCUCUGGGUGCCAUACUGGGUAGAUUGGUUUUAGUUUUCAAUUGUGAUGAGAAUGUGGAUACCGAAUCGAUGGUCUUGAUUCUAACCGGGUUGGCUCGUUGCGGCGCUUGGGGCUGUUUUGAUGAGUUCAACCGUCUGAAGGAGGCAACACUCUCAGCUAUUUCAAUGCUGAUUCAACCGAUACAGACUGCAUUAAAGGAUAAAGCUGAAGUAGUGCAAAUUGCUGAGAAAAAUAUAAAACUCAACCACCAUUGCGGUAUUUUCGUAACUCUUAAUCCGGCUGGAAUUGAAUAUGGCGGCCGUCAAAAGUUGCCGGGCAGUAUACAAGCACUAUUUCGGCCGAUUGUCAUGCAACAGCCUGAACCCAGCGAAAUAUCCCGUGUUAUGCUUUUUGUGGAAGGUUUUCAACAGGCGACCGAAAUUGCUGAACGCAUCGUUGAACUUUUUGAUCUUUGCGCCAAAAUGCUUUCCGUACAGCGUCACUACGACUGGGGACUGCGUGAAUUGAAAACUGUUUUGUUGGCUUGUGGCGAAGGUUACCGUUACCGUAAGCGUUUGAUUAAAAAAAACAAUAAAGCAACUAAAGGCGUUACAGAAAUGUUAGUUGUUGUCCAAUGCAUACGCACGGCAACAAUGUCGAAAUUGGCAUUGCAUGAUGUGGCACGCUUUGAUAUGUUGUUACAAAAUGUUUUUCCGGAAAUUGAAAUUGGAGCCAAGCAUAAGUCCACACUGCAGCACAGUCUUAGUGAUGCGUUUGUGUCACUUGGCCUUUGUGCUAAUGAUAUGCAAAUCGAGAAAGCAAUACAAUUGCACGAACAGCUUGCCAAGCGUAUGGGUGUUGUAGUUGUUGGUCCGCCUGGCUGUGGUAAAUCCACAAUAAUUGCAUUGUUGCGUCAAGCAAUGACCAAUGUAACUAUGACAUCGUCGCAAUCAUCGUCAUCAACACCAUCUAACAGUUCACAAAUAAGUAUUCACACCAUUAGUCCAAAAUCUAUGAAUCGCAUACAACUAUUAGGUUGCCUGGACGCUGAUACGCGGCAAUGGACCGAUGGUGUGUUGACCAACACAGCUGUACUUGUCAAUGCUGAACCAAAGUAUAAACACUCAUGGAUUGUAUGUGAUGGCAGCAUUGAUCCGGAAUGGAUUGAGGCACUUAACUCAGUGUUAGACGAUAACAAAUUAUUAACACUUCCAUCUGGUUGGCGCAUACAAUUUGGAAACAAUGUCAAUUUCAUAUUUGAGACGGAUGAUGUGCAGCAUGCUUCGCCGGCUACAAUAUCCCGCAUGGGUAUAGUUAAUAUGAGUAUGGAAGAUUUUCCACAAAAAGAAAGUUUGGCCACUCAACUGGAGAAGGAAGAAUUUGGUGGUAUGUUGCAAAGCUUUUUGAAUGAUAACUUUGAACCAGCUUUCAAGUGGCUAGAAAAGGAAUAUUUACAGUGAGUAAAGACCAAAGCAAAUAUAUUUCGAAUAUUGUAAUUAACAUAUUUACAAAAUAGUUCAAUACCAGCUUUAAGUAAAUCUAGCGUAUUACGCGCACUUUGGUUACAAAUCCAACAUGAAACCAUUCAUGGUCGUGAUGAGUUCUGUAUAACACUUUGCCAUGCACUCUUUGGUUAUUUACCACCGGAGAGACACAAUGAAUUGGCAAAUGUGAUUUUUUCAAAUGCUAAUAUUUACGUACCAAAUCCAAAUCGCGCUGAAUUAGCAUAUUUCGAUGUACAGCGCAAUGCAAUCGAGUUUUAUAAGUCAGACCCUAACGACAUGGAUAUCAGCAACGGCACUAGUACGAUACAGCGUGAGGAGCAACUCAUACAAACUGCAGCCAUGAAAUCUUAUUUGCAUAUUUUACAUACCUACUUGGAGGCAACCAUGAAUAUGCCAUUUUUAAUCGUAGGUCCCACAGGGUCAGCAAAGACUUUGCUGUUGCAGCAUGCAGUACAAGAACACUCAGGUUACGAUUUGGUAUUGAUAAAUUGUUCGGCGCAAUUGACAUCCAAACACAUAAUGCAUAGUCUUAAACAAAACUGCACAGUUGUUAGUGGACUUCGCGGACGUGAAUACAAACCGAAACAAAUGCGACUUAUUUUGUUUUUGAAAAAUUUGGAUUUAUGCCAUUUGGAUUGUUAUGGAGCAAGUGAAGUUGUUGAAUUCUUAUUACAACUGGUACAACGCAACGGUUUCUAUGCGGAGAAUCUGGAAUGGAUCAGUGUAAAGGGCCUACAGAUAUGUGGCUCCAUAUCACAAACAAAUACAAAUGCUAAUUUAUUGAAAAUUGCUUCACGUUUCUUGGCCAUAAAUCAAUUUCUACGUGUCAACUAUCCAACCGAUACAGAUAUGCUAAAUAUAGUACAAAGUCGUUUGGAACCAAUAUUGUCAACGAAUCAAUUCAAGGCAGCUGCUGUUAAUGUGCAAUUUGUUGUUGAGUGUUUGAUGGAGUUUUAUAAUAAGUUUCAAAUGACAUUUAAUCCAGGCACACAAGGUUAUAACCACUAUCAAAUCAGUCCAAAACUUAUUAUGAAAGUAUUGAAUGCAUUGAGGUAUUACCCUGAAAAUAGUUUUAACGAGGCACUUUAUUGUGAAAUUGUAUCAGUAUUUAAAGACCGGUUAGCUACUGCGGAAGAUGCAGAAUCCUUUGAUGGUAUCGUCAAACAAACAAUGCGCAAAUUUUAUGGAAAAGAGAAAGUAUUCUUUAUUCCAAGCUCCAUAAAACAUGAUACUAAACUAAACGCUUUGCAACAUGAUGAAUGGCUAGAAGAAUUACAAAAACAAAUCAGUAUUUGCAAUGCUGAACGCUUUGUAAUAGAUGUGCCUAUUACCAAGGAACUUUUGGAUCAAACGGCUAAAAUUGCACGCCUACUAGCACGUAAUGAAACACAUUUAAUAUUAUUAGGUGAACCUGGCGGUAGACACUUGCAUGCAUUGCAUAUAGCAGCCACCUUACAGCAGUGCAAAGUACAAGUCCUACAAGGAGGCAAUGGUUAUAGCUUGAAUGAUUUUUAUAAUGAUCUCAAAAUGGCCAUACAAGCUGCUGCAUUGGACGAUCAAUGUACAUGUCUGUUGUUAGAGCAUUGUUGGAUUAGUUAUUUGCCGGAUGUUAUGAAGCCCAUAGAAUCAAUUAUAGAAGGCAGUGAAAUUCUGGAUUUGUUUGGCGAAGACUUGGAGUCGAUAGCAAGUACACUAAAGCCUGCAGCACAAUUGGAGGGUCAUCAGGACUCUAUGAGUGCUUAUUUUUUGAAAAGAGCAAAAAGAAAUUUACAUUUGAUAAUUUCACUUAAUGCCAGAAGUCCUGAGAACAAUAAUUAUUUUGAAAAAUACCCAAGUUUAUAUCGAAACAUGGAGUUUUUGUAUAUACGCACUGCAUCACAGGAAACCGAAAGUAUGCUACCAAAGAAGUACAUUGAAAUGUUAAGUGACACUGAUGCUAGCAAGGAGAAGGAGAAGGUACCCGUCUCAUCUUAUUUUGCGGACGCACUAGAAACUCUAAUACCAACACAAGCACCGCAAAGAUACUACCAACUUAUACGCUCCUACUAUCAUAUUUAUAGCAACAGUUCCCAGGACAUACGUAAACGUUUGGAUAAAUUACAGAAUGGCGUAAACAAACUGGCAAGCGCACAUGCUGUGGUUGACACAUUGAAAUCGAAUGCCAUUAAGCAGGAAGAGGCUUUGGCUGAAAAACGUAAACUAGCCAACGACGCAUUGGAGAUGAUAUCGUCUACGAUGCGUAACGCAAAUGAACAGAAGUCGAAUAUGUUGGAACUAAAGAAACAGACACAGGUGAGCAGUGAUAAGCUAAAAGAGCGCCAAAAAGAAAUACAACAGGAACUUAGCGAGGUAGAGCCUAUACUAGCAGAAGCUAGUGCAGCAGUUGGACAAAUUAAAUCGGAAGCAUUGAGCGAAAUACGUUCACUGCGUGCACCACCUGAAGCCAUACGCGAUAUACUCGAAGGCGUGCUGCGUUUAAUGGGCACACGCGAUACAUCCUGGAACAGCAUGAAAACAUUCUUAGCUAAACGUGGUGUAAAAGAAGACAUACGUUCAUUUGAUCCAGCAAGAAUCAGCGCUGAAAACUGUGAUGCUGUCGAGAAAUUGUUACAAACAAAAGCCGAAUCAUUUGAUAUGAAAAAUGCGAAGAGAGCUUCCGCAGCAGCGGCUCCGCUUGCAGCCUGGGUUAAAGCUAGUGUACGUUAUUCGAGAGUCAUACAAAGCAUCAAACCCUUGGAACGUGAACAAAAUGAAUUGCAACGCAAUUUGGAUGUAGCGGAAAAUGAACUGCAAUCACUAAUGACUGGUCUGGAUGAUGUUGAUAAUCGCGUCAAGCAGUUGUCACUGAAGUUGAAUGCAUAUACGCAGGAAGCGGCUGUGCUGGAAUUAAAAUUAGAAGAAGCACGCAAUACAUUAGGUGCGGCACAAAUACUAGUCGAAAAGUUGAGCUCAGAAUUUCACACUUGGAGCAACCAAAUGAGUGAAUACAAGCAAGCACACAAAACACUGGACACAAAAUCCUUGCUAAUCGCUUUAACUGUCAACUACCUAUCACACAUGCCUUUGGAUCUAAGAGUUGUUCACAUAGGUCAGUUGAGCAGCGAACUGGAGCUCUCACAACCAUUUGAGGUGCGUAAAAAUCUUCUAAGUGAACAAGAACAAAUUAUAUGGGAGAGCAUGGGUCUGUCGCGUGAUGCACAAAUAAUUGAAAACGCUGCCUUAUUGAGGCAAAUGCUUGAACUACCAUUUGGUAGCUACCCCACACCACUAGUGUUAGAUCCCACACAAACUGCAGUGAAUUGGUUGGAGGAGUAUUUACGUUCCAAACAAAGGUCCUUUGAAAUAACAACACAAAAUUCAGACCAUUUAACUUAUACACUGGAGCUGGCAGUACGUUUUGGCAAAAUACUUGUAGUACAAGAUUGUCAAGAUCUCCGUCCACCACUUAUGCAAUUAUUAGAUGGCAGCAUUUACGUGAAAUUCAAUAAAAAACAAUUACAAGUUGGAACGAAAAUGGUGGAUCUACAUGAACAAUUUCAGUUGAUACUAGUGACCAAGGGCAGCAAGUUGGAUUUGCCCACCGAAAUAAACACACACUUGACUUGCAUACCAUUUACUGUGACCGCGAUUGGACUAGCUGAUCAGUUGAUGUCUAAAGCUAUCAUACUGAAAAAUCCAGAAUUAGAAAAGAAACGCAUAGAGCUAUUGAAGAACGAAGGUGUCUUAUUGAAGCAGCGUAUCGAUCUGGAGGACAAGCUGUUGGAAGAACUUUCUAAUGCACAAGGCGAUGUACUGAAAAAUGAGAAACUUUUAGAGACACUCAACAAAGUCAAGGAGAGCAGCAGUUUCAUUGACAAAUCACUGAAAGAAAGUGCACUUGUUAAGGAGACUCUAUUGGCAGAGUACACACAGCUCCAAGAGCUAUGCACGAAGGCAGCACAAUUUUAUGUGGGACUGACAACAUUCUACGAAUUAUCGGCAUUAGUUUAUAUAAAAUUAUUUUUACGCAUUUUGAGUUCGUACGAAACCAAAACUAGUCAACACGAACAGAAGGCCUAUGAACAGCUGGUGCGUGUUACUUUUCAGUACUUGGCGCGUUCCACCAUGCGGUCAGGUCAUUUGACACUGGCGUUGUAUAUUUGCCGGACCGCUUUUGCUGAUCACAUAUCUGUGACAGAAUGGGAAUUAUUUGUAACGAAUUUUAUGUCAAGCGCAGACGCCAGCAUUGUGAGUUUAAAUACUAGCAAAAUGCAGUUGCCCGAUUGCUUUACCAAGGAAGCGUCUAUUAAAUUACAAAUAUUAUUUGCACAAACUCCGGACUUGGAGAAUCAAAUGCAGUUGCAUAAGGUAACUGCUUGGAAAAGUUACAUCAACGAGCAGCAAUCAAAAGAUUUACCAGGUAUUCAGUCCACAUUUCAUCGCGUUUUAUUAACACAAAUUUUACGUCCCGAUUUACUAACACACCAAAUAAGACAAAUGGUAACUGAAAUUUUGGGCAUAUCAACCGAUGCCAUAUCACAACCCACAAUAGAACAAAUUGUCGAAGAAUCUAGCGCUGAUAAGCCCAUACUUGUGAUAACACCUACUGAAAAUGAUCCGGCCAAUGAAAUAAGAAGUGUAGCGAUUAGAAAACUAGGCAAGGAAAAAUACAAUGAAAUAUCCAUAGGCAAAGGCAUGGAACGGCGUGCACUAGAAGCAAUACGCUUAGCAGCGGAAACUGGCAAAUGGAUUUGCAUAAAAAACGUGCACUUGGUACCACAAUGGUUAACAGCACUAGAGCGUGAUUUGGAUGCAAUGAAAAAGGUGGAUACAUUUCGUUUAUGGUUGAUAUGCGAAACAACAGUGGGACUUAAUGAGUCACUUAUGUAUAAAUAUCUGAAGGUACUCUAUGAAUUUCCAAGUGGCUUGAAACAGAAAGUGCGUCGUAUGAUGCAAAAUUAUGCAGCCAGUGAACAACGUAAUAGUGUUAAGGAUCCGAAGUUGUUGAAAAUAAGAAUUGUUAUGUUCAUUGCAAUGGCUGUGCUGCAGGAGCGGCGUCUCUUCAUACCACAGGGUUGGUCAAAAUACUAUGAAUUUGGCGAAGCUGAUCUGAAAGCGGCAUUAGAAGUACUUUCGUGGUUGGAUGGUAUGACAGCAAACGGACGUUGCGAUUGGAAUAUCUUGCAGCGCUUGUGCGAGAGCAUAGCGUUUGGUGGACGCAUCAAUAAUGCUAGAGAUUUACAAGUACUGCAACGUUAUUUAUUUGAAUUUUGCAAUGCAGACGUGUUAAGUAGUCGUUGGAGUCCGUUACGUAUGAAUUUUACAAUUCCGACAACAAUGCAAUUGCAGGAUUACAUGAAUGCAAUAGAGAAAUUUCCAGAUAGUGAUGAACCGGAAAUAUAUAAAUUAUCCAAAAAUUCAAAUGUCAAUCGUGAACUGGAACAUGCAAAGGAAGUAAUCAGGGUGUUGCGACGUGCGUACUAUGAACGUGAACAUGUAAAUGGCGUUGUGGGCAUUUCGAGUGAUCCAAUAACAACUAAAACAACCGGUGUUGAACAUAAGCUGGAGAAGCAAAUCAAGCCGAUUUUAACGCUGUGGAGAAAAUUAGCAGGCAAAUGCAACGUCGUCCAAACGGCCAAGGAGCAAGAAAGUUUGGUGGAAACGAGUGUAAGUGGUCAAACGCCAUGGACCCUUUUCGUGUUAAGCGAAUUGAAAAUUGCUGCCAAGUGCUUUCAAGAAGUACACAACACACUAACAACAAUUUACACCUGGCUAAAGGAGACGCAAGGACAGUUGAAUGCAGCCAAUAUAGAGGAGAGCCUACUAAAGACUUUGGCGGAGAAUCAGACACCAAUUGGCUGGCUGAAACUGUGGUCUGGUCCACAAACCACACUGGACUACAUAAAGGCAAUUGUCUUGCGCGCACAGGCGGCGGAGGCGCGCUGUCGCCAUGAAAUGCAGUUGGAGUUCUGUCAGGAGAUUGAUUUCCUCAAAGUGUUCAAUUGUCAAACGUUCUUGUCUUGCUUGAAAUUGCUAAAUUCACAAAAACUGCGCAAAUCCUGUAAAGAUUUGGAGCUAACGUCGAGCGUCACAAUUACAAGCGCCGACGUCGACUGCGCACACAACGUCAAAAUUGCACCGCUUAAGUUGGAUGGAGCUGCUUUCAGUUUUGGAAGAUUAAUAACUGGAGCCGCGUUAAAUGAUCGCACACAAAAACUUGAAGACUUCUCACCUGUUAUACAAAUCACUUACAAACCGAAAGUAAAGCGAGAAAAAUCUGCUAAAUCUCUGAACUCGACGAAUAUCAGUAUUCCACUUUAUACGAAUGUGAAUCGCAAUAAUUUGAUUUGUGAACUGGAAGUCCCGACAUCGGAAAGCGGUGAUACUGUUUUACUCUCCGGAGCAGCUCUAAUUGUGCCAGACUAUUAAAUGGAUUAUCAGUGAAGUUGAAAAUGGCAUACUAGC